ACGUCUAGUCGGCAAUCUGCGACCGAAAAGCUCCCAAUCUCUUUCCUGUUCUUCUGUCAUUUUGUUCCCUCCUGCCAGAGAAAAGGAAAGAAUAAAAGGAGGGAGAGAGAGAGAGAGAGAGCUGUGGGGUGGUGGGUCUUUUCUCUGUGCGAUUGAUGCUUAAUUUCUUCAAUUUCUAUUCGUUCUCUGAAUCGAAAUGGAGCGGUACGAGGUAUUGAGGGAUAUCGGAUCUGGUAAUUUUGGGGUGGCCAAGCUGGUUAGAGAUGUUUGGACCAAGGAACUCUAUGCCGUGAAGCUUAUAGAGAGAGGACAGAAGAUUGAUGAGCAUGUUCAGAGAGAGAUCAUGAAUCACAGAUCAUUGAGACAUCCAAAUAUAGUUAGAUUCAAGGAGGUCUUGCUGACACCAACACAUCUAGCCAUAGUUAUGGAAUAUGCUGCUGGUGGUGAGCUUUUUGAGAGGAUAUGCAGUGCAGGGAGAUUCAGCGAGGAUGAGGCACGUUUUUUCUUUCAACAAUUGAUUUCAGGAGUCAGCUAUUGUCAUUCCAUGCAAAUAUGUCAUCGAGAUCUUAAGCUAGAAAAUACUUUAUUGGAUGGUAGCACAGCACCCCGCCUUAAGAUAUGUGAUUUUGGUUACUCAAAGGUAAUUAAAUGUUGUAAGGCCAGAAAUUUCGGCUCAAGACAAAUACAUGACCAUAUCUUUCUCAUCUUUCAGUCUUCGGUGCUGCAUUCCCAACCAAAAUCCACUGUCGGCACACCAGCUUACAUUGCGCCAGAGGUUUUUUCAAGAAAGCAAUAUGAUGGAAAGAUUGCAGACGUCUGGUCAUGUGGAGUAACAUUAUAUGUAAUGCUUGUCGGUGCUUAUCCCUUUGAGGACCCAGAUGAUCCAAGGAAUUUUCGAAAGACAAUUGGGCGGAUACUUAGCGUCCAGUACUCUAUUCCAGAUUAUGUACGAGUAUCAAUGGAGUGUAGACAUCUUUUGUCUCGGAUAUUUGUUGCUAAUCCUGAACAGAGAAUCACCAUUCCAGAAAUAAAAAUCCACCCAUGGUUUCUAAGGAACCUGCCAAUCGAGCUAACAGAUGAGUACCAGAGCGGACUGCAGAAUUCCAACACCAACACCCCAUUCCAAAGCGUCGAAGAGAUCAUGACCAUCAUACAAGAGGCACGGAAGCCUCCUGAGGGUCCAAAACUUGGUGGCGAGCACUUUGUUGGCAGCAGCAGCAUGGACCUAGAUGACAUGGAUGCAGAUGCGGACCUUGAUGAUAUUGAGACAAGCGGAGAUUUUGUUUGUGCUCUUUAAAUGUCAAGAAUGCAGAAUCUGCCUGCUAGCAUCUAGUUGUUGUGUGAGUUCUUUCUUCUUGGGACGAAAGCAGGAUCGUCAGAGGAACAAUUCCAAUUUGUCAUGGGUAGAGAUCUGUUGUUGUGUAAAUGAACCAAGUGAAUACCUCACGAGCCUUCGACAGACUAAGCACCAUUUGUUUGCUCUUAUGCUAAAAUCUUGGUUACUUUAGAUAUAAUUAAUAGACGUAAUUAACUUUGCUAGUA